AUGAGAUUCUUGGUUGCACUCUGCCUGUUGGCAUCAGUGUUGGCGAUUGUCAACGCUGACUAUGGUAUCGAUGUGGACUCUCCAACAUCACAAGGUAUCACCUCUUCACAAUGGUCAUGUCUCGCAGGUAAGAACCAGCGUGCAAUCAUCCAAGCCUGGCAAGGAGGUUACGGUUUGAACUCUGGUAUCGUCGGUGCCAUCCAAGGUGCCCAAGCUGCUGGUUUCUCAAUCGUUGAUAUUGUAAGUAGUUGUGAUUGA